UGGUAUGUUCUAGUAAGGAUACUCAUCCUCUGGAGAGCCACUCCAGCGCUCCUCCCAAGCGGAGAACACAAGGACACAGCCUUGUCUUGCCAGGAAGCACAAGUCACCAUGGACUUCGAGCACGGGGAACUCGCCAAGCAGCGCAACAAGCGGCCCGCGUCGCCAGCCUCAGGUCACACUGCCUGCCCCAAGAAGCAGAGGCGCGAGCGGUCCUACCAGGAGUGGUUCAAGGAGGUGAAAGAAAGGCUGGGCGGCGGCAGAAUCCAGCGCGGCUGCUCCAAGGACACACGGGCCAAGCGAAGGCUGCAGAUGGAGGGUGUGCCCCUGCUGGGGCGGCACCAGUUGCGGCAGAUGAUCGGCCGCGUGCGAGAGCCUCUGGGCGCGGGAAGCUACGGCUCCUGCUUCAAGACCAUGAGGCGGCGCACGCAGGAAGAACUGGUCAUCAAGACCUUUGGCCGAGACAGGCUGCCUGAGCUGGUAAAGGAGGCCAUCAGCCUCAGCCAGCUGCAGCUUCCCGGCGUGCAGCGCCUGGUAGGCGUAUGUGUGGAGUCUCGCCAGCUGGUCACUCCCUUCGCCGGCAUAACGCUCAGCGAUUACAUGCUGAGCGAAGCGCCCACGUUUGCAGACGCCGUCAGCGUGCACCUGCAGACGUGCCGCACACUGCAGCGAAUGCACCGCCAGGGCUUCACCCACAACGACAUCAAGGCGGACAAUGUGUGCGUGUCCACCCAGAGCGGCGAGCCUGUGGCCACCGUGAUCGACGUGGGCCUGGCCAAGCCCGUGGGCACCAAGGGGGUCCUGGAAAAGGCCAUCCAGGACACCGAGAACUACCCCUGGAUCGCCCCAGAGAUCCUCAGGAAGACCCACUUCUGCUGCGAGGCCAGCGACGCCUUCGGCCUGGCUGACCUGCUUGCAGGACCUGUGCCACCUGUCGUGCCCCACCAGCUGCCGCCGCGCCAGGAAAGCCCUUGUAAGGUGGGUGGUGCAGGCUCGCAGCCAAAACCCCGCCCAGCGGCCACAGCUGGCAGCGGUGAUCCAGGCCCUGCGGGCCUUGCACCGCGCGGCUGCAGGUAAACUUCCUGGCGGCAGCCGCUGAGCUCUUGCGGCAACACACCGCCAUGCCCCCUGGCGGAAGCCGCUGAGCUCUUGCGGCAACACACCGCCAU